GCGAUCAAAUCUGGGCGCUGCAGUUCUCGCUCUGCGCUCUGCCGCCGCCGCGCCGCUGCUCCCCGGCUCCGUGGUGAAGUUGCGCCGGGCGGAGUGCGCUGCGCUGCGGGGUCAUUCCAGGCCACUCGCCCGCGCUGAUCCGGGGCCGCGCUGUUAGCAGGUAGUUAGCCCGGACUCUGCGCGCGGAUCUCCGCGAACACUCGCUCUCAGAGCCGCGGGAAUACUCCAGCCCUGUCGCGGGAGGAGGAGAAGCGGGAGGGGGAUAUAAUACAGCGGGGAUUACAGCUUCGAGAUCACGACAUGGACAGAAGAGGACCUGCAGCUCCUCGGCUGUUGAACGUCUUCCUCCAGCGCUAUUAGCCACCGUUUCCUCUCGGCGCUUCUGGAGUCUCAGGCUGAUAUAUACUCCUGUAGACACGGCGGGGUCGGGAGUGUAAUAUAAGGCGGUAGUGAGGCGAGGCGAGGCGAGGCUCGGCCCCAUUUCUGCUUUUGGUUCGUCCUGUCGCCACAGAGAGCAGCCAAUCACGUGAACGUCUAAAAAUAGCCCCGGCAUUUUUCCAUCCGAACACAUCGCCUCUGCUUAUUAUACAUCCUUACCCUCCACCAGAUUUUCAUGUGUUUAUGAAUCACUGCUCCUCAACCCUGGCAGGACUGAAGGUUCCCGGAUUUCUCUGGCUUCACUGGAGUGAACCUCACUGGAGAGGACCCAGGUAUCAAGCAGUGCGAGAUAUCGAGGAGUCCAUGAGCGAUGAGAGAAUGAAGUUUAGGCCCUGAUCCUCAGCAGUAUGUCAGAACAAGCAGACAAAUGCGCCCCCCGCUGGAAACAAGAGGCCAUGCAGAAUGGGUACAUACCAAGUUACCUGGACAAGGACGAGCUGUGUGUGGUCUGUGGGGACAAAGCAACAGGUUAUCAUUACCGCUGCAUCACCUGUGAGGGCUGUAAGGGUUUCUUCCGGCGGACGAUCCAGAAGAACCUGAACCCGACGUACGCCUGUAAGUACGAGGGAAAAUGCGUCAUCGACAAAGUCACUCGCAACCAGUGUCAGGAAUGCCGCUUCAAGAAGUGCAUUGCCGUUGGCAUGGCCACAGACCUGGUGCUGGAUGACAGUAAGCGUUUGGCGAAGCGGAAGCUGAUCGAGGAGAACCGCGAGCGCCGGCGGCGAGAGGAGCUGCAGAAGACGGUGUGGGACCGGCCGGAGCCGUCGCAGGAGGAAUGGGAGCUGAUCCGCAUCGUAACCGAGGCCCACAUGGCCACCAACGCGCAGGGCAACCACUGGAAACAGAAACGCAAAUUCCUGGUCGAGGAAGCAAUGCUACUUAAUGAAAUAACUUGUAAUUUAUUCUAUACUUCUGACCAGAGUGCAGUGGGGGUGAAGGAAACCAAGCCUGAAGACAUCGGUCAGGGGCCGAUCGUCAAUGCGCCGGAGGGGAGUAAAGUGGACAUAGAAGCCUUCAGUCAGUUUACAAAAAUUAUAACCCCCGCCAUCACCAGAGUGGUGGACUUCGCCAAAAAGCUGCCUAUGUUCUGCGAGCUGCCUUGUGAGGAUCAGAUCAUCCUGCUGAAGGGCUGCUGUAUGGAGAUCAUGUCUCUGCGGGCGGCGGUGCGCUACGACCCGGAGAGUGAGACUCUCACGCUGAACGGCGAGAUGGCGGUCACGCGCGGGCAGCUGAAGAACGGCGGUCUGGGCGUGGUCUCGGACGCCAUCUUCGAUCUGGGCGUGUCCCUCUCCUCCUUUAACCUGGACGACUCGGAGGUGGCGCUGCUGCAGGCGGUCAUCCUGCUCUCCUCCGAUCGUCCGGGUCUGACGAGCGUGGAGCGGAUCGAGCGCUGCCAGGAGGACUUCCUGCUGGCCUUCGAACAUUACAUCAACUACCGCAAACACAAGGUGGCGCACUUCUGGCCCAAGCUGCUGAUGAAGGUGACGGACCUGCGGAUGAUCGGCGCCUGCCACGCCAGCCGCUUCCUGCACAUGAAGGUGGAGUGUCCCACCGAGCUCUUCCCCCCGCUGUUCCUGGAGGUGUUCGAGGACUGACGCAGCGCCGAUCACCCCCCCCCCCCAUCCCCCGGCCCUCACACACACACACACACACACACACUUACACACACACUCACUCUCACACCAGUGGCGCUUAACCGCACCCCCUGCCCUCUGCGGACUCCUCGAUUAACGUUUAACUCUGUCCUGAGUCACUACUGAGAGUCAACAAUUCAAUUCAUUCCAUAGAGUUAAAAAAAUCAGAAAAUAAGAAAAAUAUAAACAUUUUAAAAAGUAGCUCUCGGGCCGAGUUUCUGAACGGACCAUUCCUUAUACAAUGCGGGUACAUGUGAAUAGCGUUCUAUUUCGGUUUGUUUUGUUUGUUUUUUGAUUGUUUGUUUUUAUUCUCUCUCUCUUUCUCUCGUUUUGUACAUUUUUCUUUUCUUGUUCUUCUCAUUUACUCGAAAAUAGGUGUAUUUUUGUUGUUGUACAGUUUAAAUUUCAUAAGUGAUCCUACAGUAUCUCCCAGUAUCUCACUGUCACUCAGCUCAUCGCUCAGCUCGCUCGUACGAUCUACGCAGCGUCUGUAUCGACGUGCACAGAGUUGAGUUCCUCGUGGAGCAGGAACCGUGUGGAGAUCUGUGGAAGAGAACACAGGAACACAGGCCUUCAGGAGGAGAUCUGGAGCCUCUGGUAUCAGUCUGUAAAUCCUGAACUGAACUCUUGAUGAAGAAAAGGAUUCUCACUACAUUUCAGCCAUGUUUCAUCCAUAACUCUGCAGAGCAAGACCUACUUUCAUACAGUACAGACCAAAAGUUUGGACACACACUCUUUUUCAAUGCGUUUUCUUUAUUUAUCAUGACUGAUAUUUACAUUGUAGAUUCUCACUGAAGCAUCAAAACUAUGAAUGAACACAUGUGGAGUUUUAUGUACUUAAUAAAAAAUGAGCUGAACCUCCACAGUCACCGGACCUGAACCCAAUCCAGAUGAGCUUUGGGGUGAGCUGGAGCACAGAGUGAAGAAGACAAAGGAGCAACAAGUGCUAAUAAACACCUCUGGGAACUCCUUCCUUCCUUCAAGACUGUUGGAAAACUUUUCAUUUCAGGUGGCCACCUCUUAAAUGAAGCUCAUUGAGAGAAUGAUGCCAAGAGUGUGCAAAGCAGUAAUCAGAGCAAAGGGGGCUAUUUUGAAGUAACUAGAAUACAUAUAUAUUUUUUGUUAAGUACAUAAAACUCCACAUGUGUUCAUUCAUAGUUUUGAUGCUUCAGUGAGAAUCUACAAUGUAAAUAUCAGUCAUGAAAAAAUAAAGAAAACGCAUUGAAAAAGAGAAAUUUGUGUCCAAACUAUGUUCAUACAGUCAUUAAUCAGUUUACACACUAAUACAAGAACACACAAGAGUUUUCCAGCACUGUUGAUGAGCACGAACUUCAGAUCAUAAAAAAGUUAAAGCAGGCGAAGUCCAGAAUCUUUCUGAAGUGAUUCAGAAGUGUGUGCAAACUUCUCCAGCCACUCAAAUCACUUUAGUUGAGAAAUGCCACUGUUUAGGUGCCAAAAAGUGAGAAUGCACACACGUGUAACGCUUGUGUUCUCUGGACCCGUUGGGAAGUUGACCCGUUGGGAGCCACGUUUCGAUUUUCUUUUCCGUUUUGUUCUGUUUUUCUGUUUCGUUCCGUUCUUUACCGUACCCAUCAUCCAUAUCCUCAGAUCACCCACCCACCUGUCUGUCUGACUGACUGAAUGACUAUCUGUCUGUCUGUCCGGCUCUUCUAGGAACUCCUGCGCAUUUCACUGUGUCAUAUUGUGGCGAGAUAGACGAAGGUGACGCCUCCGCUCGGACUUUUGAUGGUGCUAUGAGUUUGCCUAUUUAUACCUCUGUCAGACCUGUCAGUCAACCUCAGAAUCAGCCGUUUGGGUGAUACACACACACACACAUAUAUAUAUAACACACACACACACAUUUACAUCCACACUGCACACGAGCAUGUACAGCGAGGAGCGGCGAGGUCCUCCAUGGAGAGAAAGAAGGAGAGAGAGGUAAGGACGACCCGUCGCUCCGGAACACAAGCGUGACCUCGAGGAGACGUUGAGGAGAUUGUUCCACUUUCAGUCUGUCUGGGUUUUUUUUUGUUUGUUAAUUUUUUGUGUUUAUUUCGUUUUGUUUAAUUUUUUCAUAUGACAUCAUCCUCAUUACGUUACAUUGUACUGCGACACAUUAUCGCCACAUACCUCCGCCAUCGAUGACUGGUCGUUUCUAUCUAUCUACAAACAAACAGCAACAACCACAACACUUUGCCUCAAGCUCACGUUCUUCUCUGUAAAAGUGAUGCCUUUCGUAAGCAAUAGACUCCUGCUCUGGUGGUUCAGCUUAGAUUUAGGACUACAAAACACACACACACACACACACGGACUACAAACACACACAAAUACAUGCACACCAAGCACAGACUCAGACGAAAUGCACAGACAAUCAGUGUUUGAGAUGAAAGAGAGAGAAAAAGAGAGAUAGAGGUGCCUGAAAGACAGACUGGAAGCUGCAGCUGCUCUCCUGCUGAUAAGAUAUAAAAAGGUAUACAGGUCAGGUAUAAGUGCAGUCAGGUGUACACAGCUGCAGGUCGCACUGCAAUCUAGGGCUGCACGGUGCUGGAAAAAAACUAAUUUACAUUGCAAAUGUUCUUUUUUUCAAUUAUAUAUCAUAUCAUGAUAUUAAACAAUGCAGAACCCAGCCCCGCCCCCACCCGUGCACCGUCUCAUAUUUCGACCAUAUUCUGAGUCCGAGUCAGUGCCGAGCAGCUCUUAAAACCCAAAUAAAACAGCAAAACUACAGUAAUCGGCCCUUUAAUCAGCAUUUAAAUUGUAGCUUUUUAAAAAGGUAAAUAAGAGCGUGAAUUCAGCUGUAACUGGAAAUAUCUGCACUGAUAAACUGUGCUGCACUGAGGAGCACAGCUUUCCACACGUGCUCACGUUUACAAGCACGUGUCCAACCAUGUGGAUGGAGGCCAUGCGUGAGGUUACCUCGUGUUUACUCCUCGUGCGCUCCCCCUCCCCCUUGCACUUCUCAGGCAGCAGCAGCCUGUCACUCACACAGACACAGAGACAGCGCUGUGUACCUACUUCUUGAGUCGAGAAUCAAAACAUCACAACAUGCACAUCGCGACCACGAUGCUUAAAAAAACGAUAUAUCGUGCAGCCCUACUGCAGACCUCCUCUCGUCUCCUGAGAGAGGCGCAAGAGAAGCUUCAGAACACAGUGGAAAAAAAAUGAAAGAACACGCAGUGAUUUCAACAAAAAACACAACAAAAGAAGCCCACUACAGAAGAUGAUAAAUUAUUUUACAGUAUAAAUAAGAAAUAAAUGAAAUAUUUAAAAAAAAAAAAGCGGUUGUAUAUUUUCAGACAGUAGAUAUUUUUUACAGAUGUUUGCAUAUAAUGAACAUUUUCCAUUUUACACACAAACACACUCUCACACACUCACACACGGUCAACUAAAGCUUGGUUUAAGCCGUUUCUAACAAAAAAAAAAAAGAAAAAAGCCACACAGGUUUUCACACAGGUUCACUUUCCAGUAUUACUUCCUGCCAUUCCGAGAAAAUAAAAAUAAAAAAACAUUAAGCUCCUUCCACAAGAGAGACUUACGGUGAUUACAAUCAGUUCAUAACGGAUACAUACUUCCUGGAACUUCAUACUGGAUGAGCCAAAACCCCACUGUAGAGAGAGAGACACCUAGGCCUCCUCCUCCUUCCUUCAACUGUUUAAAAAAAAGCGGAAAUCAAGCGAAUCAUCCUCAGAAUCUCAGAAACAAUCUCAGAGAAUGCGUUUUUUUUGUUUCUGUUCGUAUGUGUCUUAAUGUCUAGCCAACAGAUUCGAUGUGAAAGGUGAAGAUCUGGAUCUGAGAGGUGUGAACAGUGAGCCUGGCUUCUGGGGGGUAAACAGGCAGUCCUGAAAUUGAGCUGAAGUUGGAAUUAAGUUAAGUUUGGGUUUUGGGUUUGACUCCAUUAUAAUAAAACUUCAGUCUGUUCAAGUGUGGAUUAAACGUGAAUCAGUUCCUGAAAGGCUUUGGAGAUUUUGGGUUUUUUUGUUUCGUUUUAUUUUUUUUUUAAACCAAAUUUUUCUGUAUUGCACACGGCUGCUGUGAGACAGUGAAGCCGAGGAUUAAAUAGGAUUAAGAGUUUGGACUGUGCUGAGAUUUGGGUACCCUGGAGGAAAAGAGAGAAGUUGCACUAAAAGAACGUAAUCCUGGAUCUGAUCGACGAUUGUAAAACGAGGGCGAAAUUCGGAUGAGAAUGAGGAGGAUAAUGGUGACAGUGGUGAUGAUGAUGGUGGUGUUUGUAUUUAAUAUGAACUGGCUCUGAGAAUAAAGGUGGUUUUGUUGAGAAAUAUCUGAA